GGCUAGUCUGGCAUCAUACAACCUCUUUGACACUCUUCAACGGCGAGACGCAAUAUGGCGAGCAAAGAAGCUACAGUGUAUAUUGUAGAUCAAGGUGCUUCUACCGGAGAAUGUCACAAUGGCAGGGUCGAGAGUGAUCUCGAUUAUGGCAUGAGGUAUAUCUGGGACAAGAUCGCCGAGACGAUGAUGGCGAACAGAGUCACAGCAGGUGUUGGGGUUAUUGGGUUGCGAACAGAUGAGACGGAGAAUGAACUAGCUGAGACUGAUGCCGAAGCAUACUCGAAUAUAUGCGUGCAGAAACCUCUUGGACCCAUGGAGAUGGCUCACCUGAGGGAUCUACAAAAACGGAUCAAAACCAGCAGUACCGAUCAUGGAGAUGCCAUCUCAGCUAUCGUGGUUGCAAUCCAGCUGAUUGAAAAAUUUACAACCUUGAAGUCUGGGAAGCCGGGAAAAUAUGCUCGGAAAAUUGUUCUCCUCACGGAUGGCCAAGGUACUAUCGAGGAUGAUGAUAUUGAGCCCAUCGUGGAAAGGAUCAACGAGCUAGGAAUAGGUCUUGUGGUUGUUGGUGUUGAUUUUGAUGAUGCUGAGUUCGGGUUCAUCGAGGACGACAAGUCCGCCCUCAAGGCAAAGAAUGAGAAGCUUCUUAAAAAAUUGACAGAGAAGUGUUCUAAAGGCGUCUUUGGAACUGCCGCUGAAGCUAUCGCCGACCUCUCAGUGCCUCGUGUGAAGCCGUACAGGCCGUAUUCUACAUACAAAGGCAAGCUGAGUCUGGGCGAUUUCAGAAGUUAUCCCGAAACAGCUAUGCUGAUCGAUGUUGAACGGUUCUUCAGAAUUAAAGUGGCAAAGCCGGUUUCUGCUAGCAGCUUCGUUACUCGGUCCUCCGCCACGGAUGGAGCAGCAAGUGGACAGUCAUCCCACACACUCCGGGGCGAUACGGAGAUGACAGAUGCACCCUCAAGUGUGGGUGACCUCGUCCCAGUCAGGAGUGCAACAACCUAUAAGGUCGAUGAUCCAGCGGCCCCUGGAGGGAAGAAGGAUGUGGAGCGUGAAGAGCUAGCUAAGGGGUAUGAGUAUGGAAGGACCGCCGUCCACAUCAGUGAGUCGGAUGAAAACAUCACAAAACUCGAGACUUUUAGCAGCUUCGAAAUCGUUGGUUUCAUUCCUAAUGACAAGUAUCAGAAGUUUCUUAACCUGGGAGAAAGCCGCAUUACUAUUGCGCAAAAGACGAAUGAAAAAGCCGCAAUGGCACUAUCCUCAUUCAUACAUGCGCUGCACGAGCUUGAUUCCUACGCCGUCGCCAGGAUCGUCACAAAAGAUGGGAAGGAUCCCCAAAUGUUGCUACUUGCCCCUUCAAUCGAACCGGACAUGGAAGCCCUUAUUGAUGUCCCCCUUCCAUUUGCUGAAGAUGUCCGUGUUUACAGAUUUCCACCUCUGGACAGGGUCAUCACUACAUCUGGAGCUAUCCUUACGAAGCAUAGGAACCUCCCAAGUGAUGAGCUGGUCCACGCCAUGAGCGAUUAUGUAGACAGCAUGGAUCUAUCUGAGUUUGGAAGGGAUGAAGACGAUCUACCUACAGAAUACAUGCCAAUUGAAGACACCUAUUCCCCCAUAGUCCACAGAAUCAACCAAGCCAUACGCAGGCGCGCUGUUCAGCCAGAUGAAGCCAUACCUCCCCCUCCGGAGAUCCUGACUCGAUAUUCAGCGCCCCCACCAGAGCUCGUCUCAGAAGCCGCUCCGAAACUUGAGAAACUCGUGGCCGCCGCCUCCGUCAAGAAAGUCCCUCCAAAAGUCAAAGGCAAACGCGGCCGUCGCGAAGUCAUCAAGCCCCUCUCCGGUCUCGACAUAGAGUCGCUCCUCGGCCGCGAAAAGCGGCGCAAGCUAUCCCCCACCAACGCCAUCCCCGAAUUCAAGCAGAUGCUUGAAACCGCCAGCGACGUGGCGGUGCUCCACGACGCGGCCUCCCAGAUGGCCGGCAUCAUCCACGAGCUCAUCAAGACGAGUCUCGGCGACCAGUGGUACGCGCAAGCCCUAGAGAACCUCUCGGUGCUGCGCGACCAGAUGAUCGAGUUCGAGGAGCCCGACACGUACAACGCCAUCAUCCGGGAUCUGAAGGCGAAACUGCUGCGUGACGAGCUGGGGGCUGGCAGGAGGGAGCUCUGGUUCCAGAUUGUGAGGGACCGCAAGUUGGGAUUGAUCGAUAGCGAGACGGCCGAGGCGUCGACGGUGAAGCAGGAGGAGGCUGCUGAUUUCUACUCUAUGAAGCUGGAACCUGCCGAGUAGCGGGAAAGAAUAAGUGGGAUAAGUACCUAGGUAAGAUCUUGACAUAUACUUUUCACGAGCGAGGGAAGGAAAAAUGCAGGAAGGAGCUUGCGGGAGUUGCGUGGUCAUUGAUGCAGGGACGAGAAAGCUAUAGUUCUAUCUAUGUUCUUUGUUGGAUGGGUCACGGAGGAUCACAACACAGGCUUCGGGUCAGGCUGGAUAAGGUAUUGAGAUCAUAUAUCAUCUCCGGAUACCUAAACAUCGGUGCUGGGGUAAUAAUACCGAGGUAGUUCUUCCACAGACGGAUCAAUCAAGUCACGUAGCAUAAAUCAGGUAGUUUGGAGCGCUGCAGCAUGGAGGAACAAAUCUAAGACCUUGC